UCACUCUCACGGCCACCGAGUGCAUUGAUAUCACACUGCUCUACCUAUAAUAUUAUCACAGGAUCACCCGUCCCGAGCCUCCUGGCGCAUUCCGAACAAAGUCUGUGCGCAACACCAACUGCGUGCCUGGCGCGAAUUUAAAUCCCGAGAAAUCGAAAAAGGACAAUAUACUUUUAUCCCACUGUCAAAUUUACCCGCUUGACGUCGUGUCUGUGCGGUGAUCUCGGCGAGGCUUUCGUCGCAGAGGGAAAAAGACCAGCUGCGACGUGCAGUGGUCCUUGGGAGGUCAUAUAAGGUCGCAAAUUCCUGAACGAGUCUGAGUACUCUUCUGUCAGUGCCAAUUACUUUGGCUCCACGAGCAGGCAUCUGCUAUCAGAUAUCUCUGUCAUGGCAGACAAGAUAUCCAUCACCAUAUGCGGUGAUGGCGGUUGCGGCAAGUCCUCCAUAACUCUUCGACUUGUUCGAUCACAAUGGACCUCAGAAUACGAUCCUACCAUUGAAGAUUCCUACUCAGUCACGCGCACCGUCGACGGUCUGAACUACUACCUAUCCCUAACCGACACCGCCGGUCAAGAAGAAUAUCGAAGUCUAUGGGCUGCCUCAAAUCUACAGUCCGAUGCUUUCCUCCUCGUUUACGACAUCACCAAUGCUGCCUCUCUGGAAGGGUUGUCAUGGUUUCUCGACAUGAUCGACAUUGAAGCAGAAAACAGGGAAGAAGAAAACAGCCGGCUACUAAGAGAAAGAGGUCCCAAGGUACGAGGUCGAAGGGACGAAGGUUGGAAGUUCCCUCCCAUCAAGAUCAUGGCUGGCAACAAAUGUGACCUGAAAGAUGCCCGAGUCGUCAGUAGUAAGGUUGGCUGGGAGUAUGCUAAGAGCAAGGGUUGUGGUUUUAUGGAGACCAGCGCAAGAGAAAUGGUCAAUAUCGAAGAAACAUUUGCCUUGAUCGUCCGUAGAGUGGUCGAAGCCAGAAGAUCACACGGUGGUGGUCGUGAAAACACCCCUCAAUAUCCCACAUAUGGCGGCAAAGGUCAUACCCCAAACGCCAGCGGUGCCGGGAGUUCAGCCUACCAGAUACCCUCCUCGAUGCAAACCAAUCAACAAUCCAAUAAUCCUAAUACCCUCUCUAUGGGCGAGAAGUCCGACUUCGAGGAUGAUGGCGGAAAUGUGCCCUGGUGGAAAAAGAUAUUCUGUUGCCGUUGACCGGUAAUGCUAGCGUUUGAUGAGUGAUCUCAACCCCGUAUGUUGUGGCUGUACCUAUACACCUCGACAUGGGUCGGGCUACUCGAUUAUACUUCAAGAGGAGGAUCUCACGCGGGAACCG